AUUUUAACAAAAUAAGGAAGUUAUGUUAGUCAAGAUGCAGAUGACGAUGAUGAUGGUCCUGACAAUGUUAGCUGGCAUUGCUUUGGCUGACUCAGAGAUCAUGUGUAUUGGUACUUCAGAAAGUGACUGCACUUUCACGGAAGAGAUAGGGGAAAAUUUAAUUCUAACCCUGUCGUGUGAUGAUGGGAGGCACCUAAAGAUAGUGAGCGCAAAAUACUGGGCACCUCAUUCAUGGACAUGUACUGACCAACAUGAUGCUUUUAGUAAAACUAGCGAUCACUGCAAUCAUAAGGAAUCAUGUUCGAUAAACACGAGCCCGAAUAGUUUCUAUGGUGAUCCAUGCUGGGGUGCGGGGAAGAAACUGGCAGUAUCGUACACGUGCCAGACAUGUGACGAGGGAGAACUGUUAGUUGAGGGGCCAGGGUGUAUAGAUCCCUGUGAAGGUGGCAAUUACAUUGACCAAGAGAACGGAUGUACACCAUGUGAAGAAGGAACAUACAGCCCUGGAGGAAGUGCUUCAUCGUGUUCUAACUGUCCUUCUGGGAAAGAAGUGGCACCUGGUUAUAUUGGUUCUUCAGAAAAUGACUGUUCUUUCAAUAAAGAGAUAGGGGAAAACUUAAUUCUAAACCUGUCGUGUGAUGAUGGAGAAUACCUAAGGAUAGUGAACGCAAAAUACUGGGCACCUCAUUAUUGGUUUUGUACUGUACAACAUGAUGCUUUACCUAAAACUCAGAAUCACUGCGAUUAUAAGGGAUCAUGUUCGAUAAACACGAGCCCGAAUAGUUUCUAUGGUGAUCCAUGCUGGGGUUCGUGGAAGAAACUGGCAGUAUGGUACACGUGCCAGACAUGUGACGAGGGAGAACUGUUAGUUGAGGGGGUAGGGUGUGAAGAAGUUCCAGUUGACGGAGGCUGGUCUGAAUUCUCGGAAUGGUCUGAGUGCUCGGCUGCAUGCGGAGGAGGAUCUCAAAGUAGAAGCAAAAGUUGUUCCAACCCUGCUCCAGAAAAUGGAGGGGCUGAUUGCGAUGGAGACGAUUCGGAAUCUCAAAACUGCAACGCUGACCCUUGCCCCGUUGACGGAGGAUGGUCUGACUUUUCUGAUUGGUCUGAGUGCUCGGUUGCAUGCGGAGGAGGAUCUCAAAGUAGAAGCAAAAGUUGUUCCAACCCUGCUCCAGAAAAUGGAGGGGCUGAUUGCGAUGGAGACGAUUCGGAAUCUCAAGACUGCAACGCUGACCCUUGCCCCGUUGACGGAGGAUGGUCUGACUUUUCUGAUUGGUCUGAGUGCUCGGUUGCAUGCGGAGGAGGAUCUCAAAGUAGAAGCAAAAGUUGUACCAACCCUGCUCCAGAAAAUGGAGGGGCUGAUUGCGAUGGAGAUGAUUCGGAAUCUCAAGACUGCAACGCUGACCCUUGCUCAGUUGACGGAGGUUGGUCUGAAUUCGGGGAAUGGUCGGAGUGCUCGGUUACAUGCGGAGGAGGAUCUCAAAGUAGAAGUAGAAGUUGUUCCAACCCUGCUCCAGAAAAAGGAGGGGCUCAUUGCGAUGGAGACGAUUCGGAAUCUCAAGCCUGCAACGCUGACCCUUGCCUUUGGAGAGACGACGGUAAAUGUGGUCCGACGGUCCCCCUCGCGGAUGGCUCUCCCAGUCAGUGUAACCCUGACCACCCAUUAGGCGCUGUUUGCUGUUCUAAGUGGGGACGAUGCACAAACAAACAAAAAUGGUGUACUUGUCUUGCCUGCGUCAACUACGGCCGAAAAGAAUUAGCUCAAAACUUUUGGAGAGACGACAAUCGAUGUGGUUCGAUGUUCCCCCUCCCGGAUGGCUCUCCCAGUCAGUGCAACCCUGACCACCCAAAAGGCGCUGUUUGCUGUUCAAAGGGUGGACGGUGCUCAUCCCAAGAAAAAUGGUGUACUUGUCCUACCUGCGUCAACUACGGUCGAAUUAUGUUAGUCAAGAUGCAGAUGACGAUGAUGAUGGCCCUGACAAUGUUAGCUGGCAUUGGUUUGGCUGACGCAGAGAUCUUCUCGGAAGAGAUAGGGGAAAACUUAAUUCUAACCCUGUCGUGUGAUGAUGGAGAACACCUAAAGAUAGUGAGCGCAAAAUACUGGGCACCUCAUUCAUGGUUCUGUAGUGAUCAACAUGAUGCUUUUAGUGUAACUAGCGAUUACUGCAAUCAUCAGGAAUCAUGUUCGAUAAACACGAGCCCGAAUAGUUUAUAUGGUGAUCCAUGCUGGGGUGCGUGGAAGAAACUGGCAGUAUCGUACACGUGCCAGACAUGUGACGAGGGAAAACUGUUAGUUAAGGGGCCAGGGUGUAUAGAUCCCUGUGAAGGUGGAAAUUACAUUAACCAAGAGAACGGAUGUACACCAUGUGAAGAAGGAACAUACAGCCCUGGAGGAAGUGCUUCAUCGUGUUCUAACUGUCCUUCUGGGAAAGAAGUGGCACCUAGUUAUAUUGGUACUUCAGAAAGUGACUGUUCUUUCAGGGAAGAGAUAGGGGAAAACUUAAUUCUAAACCUGUCGUGUGAUGAUGGAGAAUACCUAGAGAUAGAGAACGCAAAAUACUGGGCACCUCAUUUUUCGUUAUGUACUAUACUUGAAAAUGCUUUUCCUCAAACUAGGGAUCAUUGCCGUUAUAAGGGAUCAUGUUCGCUAGACACGACCCCGGAUAGAUUCUAUGUUGAUCCAUGCUGGGGUCAGUGGAAGAAACUGAUAGUAUGGUACAAGUGCCAGACAUGUGACGAGGGAGAACUGUUACUUGAGGGGGCAGGGUGUGAAGAAGUUCCAGUUGACGGAGGCUGGUCUGAAUUCUCGGAAUGGUCUGAGUGCUCGGCUGCAUGCGGAGGAGGAUCUCAAAGUAGAAGCAAAAGUUGUUCCAACCCUGCUCCAGAAAAUGGAGGGGCUGAUUGCGAUGGAGACGAUUCGGAAUCUCAAGGCUGCAAUGCUGACCCUUGCCCAGUUGACGGAGGAUGGUCUGACUUUUCUGAUUGGUCUGAGUGCUCGGUUGCAUGCGGAGGAGGAUCUCAAAGUAGAAGCAAAAGUUGUUCCAACCCUGCUCCAAAAAAUGGAGGGGCUGAUUGCGAUGGAGACGAUUCGGAAUCUCAAGACUGCAACGCUGACCCUUGCCCCGUUGACGGAGGAUGGUCUGACUUUUCUGAUUGGUCUGAUUGCUCGGUUGCAUGCGGAGGAGGAUCUCAAAGUAGAAGUAAAAGUUGUUCCAACCCUGCUCCAGAAAAUGGAGGGGCUGAUUGCGAUGGAGACGAUUCGGAAUCUCAAGACUGCAAUGCUGACCCUUGCCCAGUUGACGGAGGAUGGUCUGACUUUUCUGAUUGGUCUGAGUGCUCGGUUGCAUGCGGAGGAGGAUCUCAAAGUAGAAGCAAAAGUUGUUCCAACCCUGCUCCAGAAAAUGGAGGGGCUGAUUGCGAUGGAGACGAUUCGGAAUCUCAAGACUGCAACGCUGACCCUUGCCCCGUUGACGGAGGAUGGUCUGACUUUUCUGAUUGGUCUGAGUGCUCGGUUGCAUGCGGAGGAGGAUCUCAAAGUAGAAGCAAAAGUUGUUCCAACCCUGCUCCAGAAAAUGGAGGGGCUGAUUGCGAUGGAGAUGAUUCGGAAUCUCAAGACUGCAACGCUGACCCUUGCUCAGUUGACGGAGGUUGGUCUGAAUUCGGGGAAUGGUCUGAGUGCUCGGUUACAUGCGGAGGAGGAUCUCAAAGUAGAAGUAGAAGUUGUUCCAACCCUGCUCCAGAAAAAGGAGGGGCUGAUUGCGAUGGAGACGAUUCGGAAUCUCAAGCCUGCAACGCUGACCCUUGCCUUUGGAGAGACGACAGUAAAUGUGGUCCGACGGUCCCCCUCGCGGAUGGCUCUCCCAGUCAGUGUAACCCUGACCACCCAUUAGGCGCUGUUUGCUGUUCUAAGUGGGGACGAUGCACAAACAAACAAAAAUGGUGUACUUGUCUUACCUGCGUCAACUACGGCCGAAAAGAAUUAUCUCAAAACCUUUGGAGAGACGACAAUCGAUGUGGUUCGAUGUUCCCCCUCCCGGAUGGCUCUCCCAGUCAGUGCAACCCUGACCACCCAAAAGGCGCUGUUUGCUGUUCAAAGGGUGGACGGUGCUCAUCCCAAGAAAAAUGGUGUACUUGUCCUACCUGCGUCAACUACGGUCGAUAAUAGAAGUUGAGAACAUAUCGUCGCUUAGAAAAACAGCAGAUGGGCGUAAACGAAUUUGAAGCAGGAUUUGGACAAUUUCUCGUCUAGAGAGCACUAAGAUUUUGAUAUUUGUAAAGAGGUCAAACAUAUUUGUUUGAUAUAUGACAGUGCAAUUCUGAGUUUCAUCAUUAUUCAAUACUGGAAGCUUAUUUGUAGUUAUUCGCUGUCAUCUGUCACUGUCAGGAAAUAUGGAUUUCAUCCCCAUUUAUUAUAGUAGUAGUACCCAGAUCUGUACAAUGCAUUGAAAAUAUUUACAACAAACAUUUUCGUUUUGUGUA